AUUAUAUAUACAUGCUCACCCGUGAUGAUUUGAGCACCACCCACCAACCCACCAUCCCCGAUCGCCCUUGGAGAUGGAGAUGGUCGGCGGCAGCGCCGACGCCAUCCCCGGCCUCUUGUCAUACGGCUGGGCCGGGCUCUGGUCCACGCUGGCGAGCCUCCUGUUCCUGUGGUCCAUGGUGCAGGACCACCUCCCUUUCCAGCUCGAGGAGCAGCUGUCCGCACUGGCGCGCCGCGCCCUCGCCGCCGUCACCCCCUACGUCACCAUCACCAUCGACGAGCACGACGCCGACUCCUUCGGCCGCAGCGAGGCCUACCUCGCCGCGGAGGCCUACCUGGGCGCCACCUUCGCCGGCCGCGCCAGCAGGCUCCGCGCCGAGCUCCCGGGCGGCAGCGACCGCGUCAGCCUCGCCGUCGACGACCACGUCGAGGUCACCGACGCCUUCCGCGGCGCCCGGAUGCGGUGGCGCAAGACGCGGACGCUCCGCCGCGGCAACGUGAUCGCCUGGAACCCGCGUGAGGAGGAGCGCCGCGCCUACUGCCUCACCUUCCACCGCCGCCACCGCGCGCUCGUCGAGGCCGCCUACCUGCCGCACGUCCUCGCCGAGGGCCGCGCCGCCACCGUCCGGAACCGCCAGCGCCGCCUCUACACCAACAACGCCAGCGGGGACUGGGGCGGCGGCGACGACGGGCCCCGCGCCUGGACGCACGUCAAGCUGGAGCACCCGUCCACGUUCGCCACGCUCGCCAUGGACCCGGACAGGAAGCGGGAGGUCGUCGACGACCUCGACAUGUUCCGCGACGGCAGGGACUACUACGCGUCCGUGGGCAAGGCGUGGAAGCGCGGCUACCUGCUGUUCGGCCCGCCCGGCACCGGCAAGUCCACCAUGAUCGCCGCCAUGGCCAACUACCUGGGCUACGACAUCUACGACCUGGAGCUCACGGCGGUCAAGAGCAACACGGAGCUCAGGAAGCUCUUCAUCGAGACCAAGAGCAAGUCCAUCAUCGUCAUCGAGGACAUCGACUGCUCCAUCGACCUCACCGGCAAGCGAAAGAAGAAGAAGAAGGACAAGAACGAUACUAGGAAGAAGAAGAAGAAGGCGCCGUGGGAAGAAGAAGACAAGGACGAAGGCAGCAAGGUGACUCUUUCAGGGCUCCUCAACUUCAUCGACGGGCUGUGGUCGGCUUGCGGCGGCGAGCGCAUCAUCGUGUUCACCACCAACCACAAGGACAAGCUGGACCCGGCGCUGAUCCGGCGGGGCAGGAUGGACAUGCACAUCGAGAUGUCCUACUGCUGCUUCCAGGGCUUCAAGGUGCUCGCCAAGAACUACCUGGGCGUGCAGGAGCAUGACGGCGAGCUGUUCGGCGACAUCCGUCGGCUGCUGGAGGAGGUGGACAUGACUCCGGCGGACGUGGCAGAGAACUUGAUGCCUAGGUCCAAGACCAAGGACGCCGAUGCCUGUCUCCGGAGGCUCGUCAAAGCGCUCGAGGAGGCCAAGGAGGCGGCGUUGUUGGCGGCCAAAGCCAAACAACUGGACGGGAUCAAGGACGAUGAGGGAACCGACGAUGAAGACGACAGCGAUGACGAUGGCAGCGUUACCAGCAGAGGUCACCCCUCCGACGGUGACGAAAAGAGUGCCAAAAAAGAGGAAAUGUAAUAAAAAAGUUUAAAACCUAUAAAAGCCUGAAAGCUAGGUGAGGAUACUUGACUUGAGCAUUCCUUUCCAAAGCUGGUGGUACCUAGAAUUACUUUUCUUACUUGUAUGCUAACUAUCUUGUCGUUUUUCUGUUGUCCCUCCCUCUGAUUCUAAAACCAAAGGGGUAACUGCGCCA